AUGCAUAAAUGCUUUUUUUGCAAUUACAUACUGAAGUUGAUGCUACGUAAAAAGAAACAAAAAAAAGUUAUAGAAAAAAAGGAUAAAGUAAAUUAUAAAGAAAAUAAAGAAAACGUAAUGAAUUUUGAAAAUUUUCAUUUUACUAAUAGUAGUGAAAUAAAACAUAAGAAAGAUAACAAAAUUAGUAAGGACAUGAAUAACUGUAGUCAAAAUGAUAAUAUCAAAAAUACUGAUUAUGAUUAUAUAAACAAUAAGAAUAUCAUAUCCCAUUUAAUGAAUAAUUUAAAUAAAAAGAAUGAUGUGUAUUAUUACAGUUGUAAUUAUAAAGGAAAAAAUAAUAAAAUGACAUACACUGAUAAACAUUAUCCUUCUAAAUUAAUGCAAAAAUAUAAAAUAAAUAAAUCAUCAAAAAGAAUGCGUAAAGAAUUGUUUAAAAGAAUAAAAAGUAACACCAAUUAUUCAUUGGAUAGACAAUAUUAUAAGCUUAUAAUGUAUUAUAGAAUAAAAAAAAAGAUAAAGAAAUGUAUUAAAGAACUGAUGUUUUUAAUUCAUAUAUAUUUAUCAACAAAAAAAAAUAAAAGAAUUGUUAAUUUAUUAUUUCAUCAUUAUAAUAAUUACAAAGGACAAAAUAUAAAAAAAAAACCAAGAAAACAUAAAAAAAUAAAUGAGUAUUUCUUUUUGUGCAAAUUGUCUAAACUUAUAUUAAUAAGUAAUAAAUUAAAAAAUUUUGAUUUCUCAAAUAUUAAUAAAAGAAAUAAAAUAGAAUAUUUUUAUAAUAAUUCUAUCAUCAAAAUUCAUAAAAAUAUCUCAGAAAAUUUAAAUAUUGAUUUCAUAAAGAAGUAUAUAAAAAAUAUGAAAGUGUUGGCGAAAAGAAGAAUUAGAAAUCGUGUAAUGAGAAAAACAAAUGUUUCGUAUAUACAUAACAGUAAAAUUGCUACGAUUAUGAAAAGUAUAAUUAUAAAAAAUAAAUACAAAAACUAUAUUAGUUGCAUAAAUAACAAAUAUCUAAUGAGAAGAAGAAACAUAUUGUUGUAUAAUAUGGAAAAAAUAAGAAGAUAUAAUAGUUGUAUUAAUAGUAACAUAUGUUACAAAGAGAAUAAUAAUCAUUAUAAUAAAAACAACCAUGCUGAAAUGAAAAAUACUAUUAAAGAUAAUAUUAACAAUAAUUGUAGUAAAAAUAAAAAGAAUGUUAAUAUCAAUUACAAUAAUAUAAGAAAUAACAAAAUUUACAAAAGGUAUCAUAAAGUAUGUUAUUUUUAUGAUAAAAUUCAUUUAUAUAUUAAUGAACAUAGUAAAAGAAUGUGGCUGUAUAAUAAAUAUGAUUUAAAUUGUUUUUCUUAUAUAAAAAAUAAAAGUGAAAUAAAUAUAAAUUUCUUUAAUUCAAAUAAUAAGGAAAUAAGUACAAAAUUUUCGUUAAAUAUAAAAAAAAAUAUGCAUGAGAUGAAUGAAAAAAUUAAAAAAAGAGACAUAGAAAAAGAAAAAAAUAAAUAUAAAAACGCUAAAAAUGAAAAUUACUUAAAAAAAAAAAAAAGAAAAAAAAACGUUAGGUAUUUUAAGAAAUAUAAAGUUUAUUCAAACGAAAAAAAAAAAAAAAAAAAAAAAAAAAAAAAAAAAAAAAAAAAAAAAAAAAAAAAAAAAAAAAAAGGGAGAGAAAGAAAAAAAAUAAGCAUUAAAGUUAAAAGACACUACUUAAACAUAAAAAAUAGAAACAAAAUUAAACAAAAAAGAAUAAAAUAUGAAAAAAUAAUUGAAUUGAAAAUUAAAAACAAAGAAAUAGAAAAACUUGAUGAAACAGAAAAUAAAAAUUUUGAUAACUUAGAAAAAGAAUUUAAUAAAAAUGAUAAUGAAAAUUUUGAUAACUUAGAAAAAGACUUUAAUAAAAAUGAUAAUGAAAAAUACGAUAAAAUAAAAAAUGAAAUUCUUGAUAACUUAGAAAAAGAAUUUAAUAAAAAUGAUAAUGAAAAAUACGAUAAAAUAAAAAAUGAAAAUCUUCAUAAUUUAGAGAGAGCAUAUGAUGAAAUAGAAAAUGAAAAAGAAAAAUUUAAUGAAAAAAGUGAAAAAUAUCUAAAUAAAGAUUUUUAUUUUAAACAAAGUGCUGUAAAUGUAGAGGGGGAAAUAAAAAUAAUUGAAAAAAGAAAAAGUGAUGAAUAUAUUGAACAAUUUAAAAAAAGUUCUAAUAAUGAAGAUAGUAAAAAAAAUGAAAUUUUCAAUGAAGCACUAAAAUUGUUUAAUCAUUCUAAAGAAAAUGAUUUAAUACAAACUGAAAAUAAUGACAUUCUUAAAAACGAUUCUGAUAUAGAAUUAAGAGAAAAAAAAUUCAUGGAAUGUUUACAAAAUUGUGAAUAUAUUAAAAAUAACUAUAAAAUGAUUAGAUUAUUAAGAGAUAAUUCUCCUAAUUUUGUUUAUAAAUGUUUUGAUAUAAAUAAAAAAAUUAAUGUAGCUAUUAAGAGUGUAUGUAAAAAAAAACAAUUGUCUAUUAUGAGUUAUAGUACUUAUAUAAACAUAUAUAAAACUAUUCAAAAAAUGAAUAAUAGCAAUGUUAUAAAAAUAUAUGAUUUAAUAGAAAAUCAGUCUCAUUUUUUUAUUAUAAUGGAAUUAUGCGAAGGAAGUGAUUUAGUAGAAUAUGUAUCAAAAGAAAAUUUUUCAUUUGAUAAAGCUAAAAAUAUUAUUUAUCAGUUACUAAAUGGAAUUAAUGCAUUGCAUUUAAAUUCAAUAAUUCAUAGAGAUAUAAAAUUAGAUAACUUGAUGUUUAAAGAUAAAAAUAAGGAACAACUUGUUAUAAUUGAUUUUGAUAUGAGUAUAUAUAUUUAUAGUGAGAAUGAAACUCAAAAAUGGCAAACAAAUAAUUUCUAUGAAAGUGAAACAAAAGAUGUAUUUUGUGAAAAUGAAUUUGAUGUAAAUGAUUCUGAUAGAAAUGAAUGCGAUGAAAGUAAUUUUGAUUUAAAUCAAUUUGAAAAAAUUGAUGAUGAUGAAAAUGAGUUAAAUAGAACUCAUUUUCAUACUAAUAUGUUUGAUUCUGAUAAUCUCUAUACAAAUGAUAAUGAAAAUAAUGAAGAAAAAAAUAACUUAAUGAAAUAUAUUCCACAUAUAAAUAAUUCUAUAAAUAUAAAAAAAAAUAAUGAAACAUCCUUAAAUUGCGAAUAUAUGAAUUUAAUAGAAAAUAAAUUAUCUAUUUACACAGAUAAUACUAAGAAAACAUAUAUAAAUGAAGAAGAAAAAAUUAUAUAUAAUGAUUUAAUUAUUGGAACAAAAGAAUAUAUGUCUCCUUACUGUUUAAAAGGAAUUUAUAGUGAAAAAACAGACAUAUAUAGCAUAGGAGUUACUAUUUUUUUAAUACUUUUUAAAAAUUUUCCUUACUGUUUUGAUGAUAAUACAAUAAAUAAAUGGGAAAAUGAUAUAAUUAAAAAAAAUGAAAAUGUUGUUAUACCAUUCUCUUUCUUGUUUCAUAAUUUAAACUCCUCUUAUUUUAUUAAACUAAUGGAUAUACAUUUAAUAAAUAAUAAUAUUUAUUUUUGCAAAAAUAGUUACUUGUUAGAUAAUGAAUUAAAAGAAAUAGAAAAAAUGGAAAAUAUAAAAAUUGAUUUUACUCAAGUAAAAAUAAAUGUUAAAAAUAUACACUUAAUUGAAAUAUUAAAAAAGACAUUAACACUUGAUAUAGAACAACAAUAUAGUAAUGUAUCCGAAAUUUUAGAAAGUGAUUUAUUUAGAUGA